CCCAGGAUAACCAGCAGGAGGUGCCACACUGCACGGUGCCCCCUAGUAUCACAAGGGGGACAGCACUGAUGCCGGGAGGUCUGUUUCUGUCCCAGCCCUGCCAUGGCGUGUGACUACUUCACCCACAAGGGGGUACUGUUUCCAUGCCUGGAUUACUCCCCUGAGGUACUGAGCAACGUGGAGAACGAAUUCCAGGUGCGGGACGACGACGUCUUCAACAUCACCUACCCCAAGUCAGGCACUAACUGGAUGCUGGAGAUCCUGAGUCUGAUCCGUUGUGACGGGGACCCUGGCUGGGUGCGCAGCGUGCUGAACUGGGAGCGGGCGCCCUGGGUGGAGAACCGGACGGGGCUGGAGGCUGCCCUGAAAUACCCCCCGCCCCGGCUGCUCUGCUCCCACCUCCCCGUCCAGCUCUUCCCCAAGUCCCUGCAGCGCUCCAAGGCCAAGAUCAUCUACACCCUGCGCUGCCCCAAGGACGUCCUGGUCUCGCUGUACCACUUCUCCAAGCUUCUGUGUCUCUUCAAGAACCCUGGUUCACUGGACUCCUUCCUCGAGGACUUCCUGAGCGGGAAUGUGCCCUACGGCUCCUGGUUCGACCACAUCACCGGUUGGAUGAGGCUGAAGGGCAACGAGAACUUCUUCUCCAUCACCUACGAGGAGCUGCAGCAGGAUCCGUGGGGCAGCGUGCAGAGAAUCUGCCACUUCCUGGGGAAGGAGCUGAGUGAGGAGCAAGUGGCUGCGGUGGUGGAGAACGCCUCCUUCCAGAGCAUGAAGGGGAACAAAAUGUCCAACUUCUCCCAGCUGAGGGACGAGUACAUGGACCACCAGAAGGGGGAAUUCCUGAGGAAAGGGAUCUGUGGCGACUGGAGGAACCAUCUCUCGGAGGUUCAGAGACAACGAUUCGACACCGUUUACCAGGAGUGGAUGCAGGGUCUGGGCAUGACCUUUCCCUGGGACUGACGGCCCCGCGCCCGCCACAUCUGCACCCGCAAUACACCGGCCCUGUGCCACCCACGUGCUGCUUAGGGUGACCAGAUGUCCUGAUUUUAUAGGGACAGUCCUGAUUUUUGGGUCUUUUUCUUAUAUAGGCUCCUAUUACCCCCCCCACCCCCAUCCCGAUUUUUCACUCUUGCUGUCUGGUCACCCUAGUGCUGCUGCUCUUCCUGUGCCCUCGGAGAUGCCCCCUGUGGCCACAUCACUGGGCUGGGGUGUGUGACCAGCAGGGGGCAGCACCCACCCAUGGGUUACUAAGAACAAAGCCAGACACGGUAAAUGUUGCUUUUCCCUAAACCCAAUGGGCUUGUUAGUAUAAUGGGAAUGGAGAAGAGCAGUUCAAGUGUUACUGGGCAUGGUGGGAAUGUAUAGACCGGGGUAGGCAACCUUUCAGGAGUGCUGUGCCAAGUCUUCAUUUAUUCACUCUAAUUUAAGGUUU